AUGCUGCAACACUACUUUGACAACUUUUUCUUGCGAUUCUCAACAGAAUCGUUCACUACUGACUGGCAGAGGCUAGAGGUAGGAAUAGUGACUGGAUGUACCAUAUCAGUGGUUUUGUUUGCUACAGCCAUGAACCUCAUUGUGAAGUCAGCCGAAAAAACUUCCAGGGGACCAAAAAUGGCAUCAGGAUCUAUUCAACCUCCGACAAGAGCAUUCAUGGAUGACAUGACCAUCACAGACAAGUUGUAUGUAGAAGGUCGAUGGAUGUUGCAGGAUAUAGGUGAAAUCAUUACAUGGGCAAGGAUGAGGUUUAAGCCAGCCAAGUCUAGGAGCAUGGUCUUAAGGAAGGGAGCGAUACAGGACAGCGCCAGAUAUCGAGUAUGUGAUCAACUCAUACCCACUGUGAAGGAAAAACAUGUGAAGUGUUUGGGCAAGUGGUACAGGGGCUCACUCAGUGACAAGGAGAGUAUAGCCGAUACAGAGUCACAACUAAAGGACUGGUUGAAUCAAGUGGAAAAAUGUGGACUCCCAGGGAAAUUUAAAGCCUGGAUCUACCAACAUGGCAUCCUUCCAAGACUACUUUGGCCACUUCUGAUUAAUAGUGUGCCAUCGUCCACAGUAGAAGCUAUGGAAAGAACCAUUAAUGGCUUUUUAAGAAGAUGGUUUGGAGUGCCAAAAAGUUUCACCAGCCUUGGCUUAUACUGCACAAAAAGUAAGCUACAAUUGCCACUCAAAGCCUUAACAGAAGAAUAUAAGGUUACAAAGGCACGCCAGGUCAUCAUGCUCCGAGACAGUGCGGAUGAGAAAGUCAGAGAAGCAGGAGUAAAGAUACUUACUGGAAGGAAAUGGAAGGCAGAAGAAGCUGUAAAGGAUGCAGAGUCACGGCUCCGCCACAGUGACAUUGUUGGAACUGUGACAGAGGGAAGGCUGGGACUAGGGUGUGUCACUCGGUCUCAGUGGAGCAAGGCAGGUCAAAAGGAAAGAAGAACUUUGAUACAAAGUGAGGUCAGACGGACAGAAGAGGAACACAGACAGACCAAGGCAGCAGCUCUUGGUAAGCAAGGCAGAUGGCUCAAUUGGGAAGGCGUUCAGCAAAGGAAGCUGACAUGGGGCGAUAUUUGGAAGACAGAAGGCGACAGACUAAGUUACUUACUUAGGUCUGUCUACGAUGUACUUCCCAGUCCUGUAAACCUGAAAACAUGGGGCCUUUCUGACAACCCAGAGUGUAAACACUGCGGAAGACCAGCAAAUCUGGAGCAUAUCCUCAGUUCGUGCAAAACCUUCUUGAAAGAUGGGAGGUACACUUGGCGUCAUGACAGAGUCCUGGCAUCAAUAGCAGAGCCAUUGGACCAUGCAAGGCGUUUCCAGAAGAAUAAGGAAAAAGGUGUUCUAUUCAUUCCUUUUGUGAAAGAAGGUCAAACUGGAUGA